GUUCCUCCUUCCUGUUUGUGAACACGUCGGGUCGAUACGGCGGUCAGCGCGCUCAGCUGCUGCUGCCGCCGCUCAAAGAGAACGACACGCACUGCGUCAGCUUCCUGUUCUACCAGGCGGGAGGUCGUGAGGGCGCAGCGCCCGCCACGCUCAACGUCUACGUCAAAGAGAACAACAGUCCUCUGGGAGUUCCCGUCUUUAACUCCUCAGGCCCCGCCUACCACAUCUGGAAAGGGGUGGAGCUCGCCGUUUCCACCUUCUGGCCCAACUACUACCAGGUAG